GAAAGCUCUUGCACACGCUGGGGACUCCUGCAUGCUCCUCUUACUAUAAUCUGUCACCAAAGGCUCGAUAUUCCUGUGCUGGGGCUGGUGCCAGCGCCUCGGGCUGCCAGGUGCUGCUUUCCAACUCUCAGACGGGCUGCCCUUCCCCCACGGCUCCCCACAGGCCCCCACUCCACCUGCUCCUGGCCAAGCUCAGGGGCACGGCAGCGCGCUCUGCUUCGGAUUUUUCCUGCCUUCCUUGGAGAUGCUUGUGCUUGGAGGGGAAGGCAGAACAUUGUAUCUUGGAACAAAUCUGCUUUUGAUCAUGCAAAUGAAUGCCCCGUUAAUGUAGGCAGACUGUCAAUUUCACCAGUUAGGAAGAGAGAGAGAAAAGGGGGGACAAUUCCCCACCACAGCGACUGAUGGAGAAUUUCAACAGAAAGCUGCUACUUCAGAAAAUAAGAUCGUUCACGGCGAAUGGAGAACACCUCAGGCAGCCCUGAAGCUCCACCGUCCUUGCAGAGAGAAGCCUGCUCAGAGUGGUUACUGAAAACAGGAACCUGCCCUUCUGCAAGCCCCGCACGCCUUCCUCGUUUCUAGCAGAGGAAGUGUGUAGCCGGUUUAGCAACUGCAGUUCUUCUUGGUAGCAUGGGCUGCUUCUCCACACCCGUGGGAGGUCCGGCCACGCUCAUUCCAGAGCAGCAGCAGCUGAUGGAGAGGCAGUGACCGUGCGCCUGGUGGCCCCUCGGCAGCCGUCUCCCAGGGGAGACCAUGCCCAGUGUUUGAAGGCUCCGAGCGUCCCCGACAGCCCCGGGAGAGAGAGAAAUGGGAAACAGCAUGAAAUCCACCCCUGCGCCCCCGGAGAGGCCUCUGCCCAGCCCCGAGGGGCUGGAUAGUGACUUCCUUGCUGUGCUGAGUGAUUACCCGUCUCCUGACAUCAGCCCCCCUAUAUUCCGCCGAGGGGAGAAACUGCGCAUCAUUUCUGAUGAAGGCGGCUGGUGGAAAGCCAUCUCUCUCAGCACCGGUCGAGAGAGUUAUAUUCCCGGGAUAUGCGUGGCCAGAGUUUACCACGGCUGGCUGUUUGAAGGCCUGGGCAGAGACAAGGCGGAGGAACUGCUGCAGCUGCCAGACACGAAAGUCGGCUCGUUCAUGAUCAGAGAGAGUGAGACAAAGAAAGGGUUUUACUCGCUGUCGGUGAGGCACAGGCAGGUGAAGCAUUACCGCAUCUUCCGCCUGCCGAACAACUGGUACUACAUCUCCCCGCGGCUCACCUUCCAGUGCCUGGAGGACCUGGUCAAUCACUAUUCUGAGGUGGCUGAUGGCCUAUGCUGUGUGCUCACCACGCCCUGCCUGACACAAAGCACAGCUGCCCCAGCAGUGAGGGCUUCCAGCUCACCUGUCACCUUGCGCCAGAAGCCUGUGGACUGGAAGAGGGUGUCCAGACUGCAGGAGGACCCUGAGGGAGCGGAGAACCCACUGGGGGUGGAUGAGUCCCUCUUCAGCUAUGGCCUUCGGGAAAGCAUCGCCUCCUACCUGUCUCUGACCAGCGAUGACAGCGCCUCCUUUGACCGAAAGAAGAAAAGUGUCUCCCUGAUGUACAGCGGGAGCAAGCGGAAGAGCUCGUUCUUCUCAUCCCCACCUUACUUUGAAGACUAGCCAGAGAAAACACUCCAUCGUUCACACCCAAAAGGAACAGAGGUUCCAACAAUCACCUGGGAUCCUGCAAAAAGAAAGGUCCCCUGAUCCCCGGGGAAACCUCAUGUCUUUCAGAAGCCAAGAGAAGCCAUGUAGCGACUCAAACUCGCAUCUUCUCUGUCCACAUCAUGACCAAAGGAGCCCCACCCUGGGGUCUGACCAGUCCUGGGACAUCACUUAAUGUUGAAUCAUGAUGUCACUGGGCAACACUUAGAAGAGCCCAGCAUGUGUGUGUGUGCACAUUGUGUGUGUGGGAAGGACAAAGCCACUCUCACAAGAAAGUGCACCAGGACCAUUCUCCAAAAAACUGUCUGGUUGCACUCGGAGGUCAUUGGAGAGAACCUCUGUACAGCGAGCCUGAGAGGAAGAUGAACCAAAAGUUGCUGCCUGGCAGAAGGUCUAGAUUUGCAGAUGCAUCCCCUAAAUGGAACUUUGUUAGCCAACCAUAGGGACCCUUGGUUGCAUCCUCUCUUUUUAAGGGAACUCCGUGACACUAAAUGUUAGUCCAAAGGACUUCUUAGUCCUGAAUCAGGAGAAGCCUUUGGCAAGCACCUGCAAGCCAGUGCACAGACGCCAGAUGGCCCCCCUGCUGUGAGGAGGGCAAGGCCAGUGAGAGCCAGCCUGGGACUGCACCAGCUCUCCCGCUGUCCCCAGCCAUGGCUUUGCAGGGCAGAAAGAGCUUCUCUGGGUUGCUGGGAUUCUUGCCUGUAUUAACACAUCAACUAUUAAUUCAUAAGUGCCUGAGGAGGCAUUUUGUGCAGUCCUGUGUAAGAUGUCAGGCCAAAAAAAGAAAAGAAAAGAUGCAUAAACCCACCCUCAAAAGAGGUGCUCACAAUGUAGACAGAGAAAAAAGUGUAUUAGAAAAUAGUAUGUGAAAGGAGAAAUCAACUCCUGGCUUAGGAGGAGAUUAGGGGCAGAUGAGGGUAACAUUUUAGCUGAUCCCCGGAGAGUAUGCCAGCUGGCUGGAUUGGAUAGGUAGGAAUGGUUGGGGGGGAGGAGAAACUGUUAAGUUCUAAAGAAUUAAUUUAUCCAGUAUUUUAUUCUAAGAAGGCUCUGGCAUCCACAUGAAUAAAAACGCUGAACUCCACGAAAGAUAGGGAGUCCAAGUGGAUUACUUCUGUCAUACAGAGUUUUAAGAGAUGAAGGAGAAAACAGAGUAUACCCGAGAAGAAGCAGGGAUCUCCAGGCUGCCCAUCUGGCUCCUGCCAGGAAGAGAGGGGGCGACAGAUGAAUCCGUGACUACUCUUCCCUGUUUGAAAGGGAUUCUGGAGCAGGCAGGGUGCGUGCUUGCUGCCUGUGAAGUCUGUCUGCUUGCCACCGGCGUUCCGUCCGUCUGAGCUCACUGUGCCGGUGGUAUGCCUAUGUGCAUUGACGUGAUUUUCUGAACCUUCGGUUUCCAGUGUGUUUACACAAGGAGGCAUUUGUGGUUUUCUCAAGAAUCCCAAAGGCUGUUUCGGAGGGCCUAGCUGACGUCUGGGAUGUGAAUGUAACACUGUGGACGUUGACUUCCACCAUCCGGCAGGGCGACCUCCUGAGCUCCAGAUGUCUGUACAGCGUCUCAUGUAUUGUUUUCUGUUGUGACGAAUGUGACUGGAAUGUCUGGGGAACACUUGGAGGGAUUUCUUAAUUGGAAAGCAUUACACAUUGCUAAAUCAUGUAUUUAUUCCUUAUUAAAAUAAACCUAAUAAAUAUUUAA